AUGGCUUCCAGAGAGGCCACUCAUGCCAACUCCUGGUACUCUGGCAGUGCUCGAACCCUGACUCGUGAGCUGGACGCCUGGCUGGCUCAAGUGCCAGAGUCCUUGGAUAAGGUUGGAUCGCUGCCAGUGCCUGGAGCUCGAGUGAUUAUUGCUCCACAUGCGGGGUAUUCCUACUCAGGACCAUGUGCAGCCUUCGCAUACAAGGCCCUUGAUCUAUCCAAGGCAAAGCGCAUUUUCAUCUUGGGCCCAUCGCACCAUUACCCACUGUCAACGCUGGCACUGCCUCAAGUCACCUCUUACGAGACCCCGCUCUCGAACGACCCGCUGCCACUUGAUACCGAGCUUAUCAGUAAGCUCCUAAUUACACAGGCAACCAAAGCAGAUGGAUCGAAAAUGCGAUUCAAAACCAUGAGCCAGUCUGUCGAUGAGGAUGAGCAUAGUAUUGAGAUGCACUUACCAUACAUCCAUCGCCUGCUACAGCUACAGUUCCCAAACACUCCGACGGCAGAGUACCCACCCCUGGUCCCCAUCAUGGUGGGAAGUACCUCUGCCGCGACAGAGCAGGCAUUUGGCACACUGCUAGCCCCGUACCUAGCAGACUCAACCAAUGCCUUUGUGAUUAGCUCGGACUUUUGCCACUGGGGUCUGCGCUUCCGCUAUACAUACUACGUGCCACAGGCUCCUAAGCCAGGACCAGUACUUCCACUGUCUAGUGAGGAGCUACCACAGCCCGGACAAGAUCCUGACGAUGUCUUGAAGAGUAUCGAUUCGGUCUGCGCGGGCCAUAACUUGCAGCGACGUGACCGGGUCUCGGGGACAGCACCCGCUAUUCACGAGAGUAUCUCUGCAUUUGAUAUUGCGACUAUGACGGCUAUCACCACUGGAUCGGCCCGCACGUUCCUCGACACUAUUGAGCGCACUGGGAAUACAGUCUGUGGUCGACAUCCGAUUGGAGUGAUUAUGGCCGCACUUGAAGUUGUGACGGCGAGCCAACCCGAGAGCGGGAAGGGUCUCUUCCAUUUCAUUCGGUACGAGCGUAGCUCAGAUGCGGUGGAUGUGCAGGACAGUUCUGUUAGCUACGUCUCUGCUGUGGCAAUUCUCUAA